AUGGCAUCUAACGUAGAAGCAACAAAUGGAUCAACCAACGGCAGUGGCAAUGUAGAUGCUACUACUGCUACUGCUCCUCCCGGCAUGGCGAAUGUUCCUGGCCCCUUGGGUCUCGGAUCCGCCAGUCUCGCAGGAAAGGUCGCCCUCGUAACCGGCUCAGGACGUGGAAUCGGUCGUGAAAUGGCCCUCGAGCUCGGACGUCGCGGCGCAAAGAUUGUCGUCAACUACGCGCACGCAUCUGAAGCCGCCACCGAAGUCGUCUCCCAGGUCAUCGCAUCCGGCAGCGAGGCCAUCGCCAUCCAGGGCAACGUCUCCGUCGUCAAGGACAUCGUCUCCUUGUUCGCCCAAGCCAAGGCGCACUUCGGCCACAUCGACAUUGUGUGCUCCAACUCGGGCGUCGUGUCCUUCGGCCACAUUGGCGAUGUCACGGAAGAGGAGUACGACCGUGUCAUGAACAUCAACACGCGAGGACAGUUCUUCGUAGCGCGCGAGGCCUACAGAAACCUGAGCGUCGGAGGUAGAUUGAUCAUGAUGGGCAGCAUCACGGGCCAGGCCAAGGGCGUGCCGAGGCACACCUUGUACUCCGGCAGCAAAGGCGCCAUCGAGACCUUUGUGAGGUGUAUGGCAAUCGAUAUGGGCGAUAAGAAGAUAACCGUGAACUGCAUCGCGCCGGGUGGCAUCAAGACCGACAUGUAUCACAAGGUGUGCAGGGAGUACAUCCCCGGUGGAGACAAGCUGAACGACGACCAAGUCGACGAGUAUGCGUGCACAUGGUCCCCGCUCCACAGAGUCGGUCUCCCCAUCGACAUUGCGCGCGUCGUCUGCUUCCUCGCGAGCCAGGACGGCGAGUGGAUCAACGGCAAGGUGUUGGGUAUCGACGGCGGCGCCUGCAUGUAA